AUGAGAGAGAUAAUAGGUCUCAAAUGGAGGCAAAAUAGAACGGUAACCUCGCCAGGGCACGUAUGGCACGGCUCCGUAGCGACCAAGAACCUCCUUAAGAACGGCGCUGGAACAUGUGACCGUGAAGCGUGGAGGACCGUGGGGAAGCAGAAAGCGUUCCUUGCGAGGGGUCCCGUCAAGGGGAACCGGGUGUGCGCCACGGCAAAGAGGCGGGUAAGAGCGGAAAGCGUGGUGAAAAAGAUGAUCAAGGUCGUGGAGAUUGAACUAGACGAGUCGGACGACGAGAAUGGGGGCGUCGAACGAGAGUGGGGAACUUUUGUGGUAUCGGGCAAAUGUGGAAGCAGCAACGAAAGCUGUGGGAGCCGAAGAGCCGGAGCACGGUGUGGAGAAGACGUCGAACUGGAGAAAAGGGACGCAGUGCGCUACCAAGACAGUUAG